AUGGGUAAUGAGGGUGCGAGUGCUCUCAAGAGCAAACCACGGCAGUAUCCGCCUGCGGUGCGCGCGUUCGUUCGCAAGUUUAACAGCCAGCUGGUGGAACUCGGCUGGGUGUACGAGAACCUGAGCAGCCGCUGGGCCAGCUCAGUGCUGCCAGUGUGCAAGCCCGGCGAGAACGCCGAUGCCUACCGCCAAACCUGCGACUAUCGAGAGGACUACAUUCACUACGCGUGGGUGCUGGGAGACCGCCUCCGCUACACACGGCGUGAGCUCCGUGAACGGGGCCUUUGUGGCGGUCAUCAAGACAUCGUGGGCGAGGCGAGGACGGCGACGUGCACCAAGAGCGGCACCGCACCAACGCUGCUCAACGUCGUGGACUGGUACGACGAGCUCAAGACCGGCAACGACACCCAUGACAUCCGCGACGGCAUGCACAAGGCCAUCAACGCCGCACUGCUCAUACCAGACGACCCCAUCACGCUGUCGGCCGGCUCGGCCGUGCCCGCGGACUACGAUCUGUGA